AUGUCAUCGCUAAAGGAAAUCAACGGUCGCCUGAGCGCACAACCAUACGUCUCGGGGUUCACACCGAGUAAAGAAGACGCUCGUAUCUUCAGUGAGAUGUUUGGUUCUAAUACCGCUGUGAUUCAAUGGGCUGCUCGCAUGGCGGCUUAUUAUCAGGCGGAACGCGUCCAGCUGACGAAAGGAGCAACCGCAUCAAAGACGUCCGCGACGACCAAAGCUGCUGCCGGUGAUGAUGAUGAUAUCGAUCUUUUUGGUGAGGCCACUGAAGAGGAACUUGCGGCCCUGGAGGCUAAGAAGAAGAAGGAUGCUGCAGCAAAGAGCUCCAAGAAGGUGAUCAUUGCAAAGUCAUCAAUCCUGUUUGACAUCAAGCCGUGGGAUGACACAGUGGACUUAGAUGGACUCGCACAGAAACUCCACGCAAUUAAGAGAGAUGGUCUACUGUGGGGUGACCACAAACUGGUGCCCAUUGCGUUCGGAGUUAAGAAACUGCAACAGUUGGUUGUCAUCGAGGACGAUAAGGUAUCUGGAGAUGACCUGGAAGAGAUGAUCAUGUCUUUCGGGGAUGAUGUUCAGUCGAUGGAUAUUGUUGCUUGGAACAAGAUCUAA